AUGGUUCCUCGCGACCCAGAGGCUCAGGUCUUUGUUACAGAGAAUCAUCCAGAACUCAGGCAAACAAAACUUCAACCAGCUGCAGAAUUGCUCCCGGCAACUAGAGAACUUGAACAAUUGGGUUCAGGAAGGCGAACGCAGCAGAGAGUACCUGCCUCUGAAGCGCUGCAGGUUACAGCUGCUCUAGGAAGCAGCAGUUUCCACCCUGGGGUCAGCAGGGACCACGCCGUGGGUGAGGGGUUUCUUGCCACAUGCUUGGCUUUGCGGAGUUCAUCGUCAUGUGAGGUUAAUAUACUGUGGGCAGCGCACCAAGUACAUCAUAGUUCUGAAGACUACAACUUAUUCACAGCCUUGAGACAAUCUGUACUGCAGAAAUACACCUCCUGGAUUUUCAACCUGCCCAUGGCUCUUUUCAUUCCCCCUUCAGUGUUUGCUGUUCAUCUCCAGUUUAAUCUACUUUACCAGUUUUGGAUACAUACAGAGGUUAUCAGCAACCUUGGGCCUCUGGAGUGGAUUCUUAACACUCCCAGUCAUCACAGAGUUCAUCAUGGUAGAAAUCCUUACUGCAUUGACAAAAAUUAUGGUGGCACACUUAUUAUCUGGGACAGGAUAUUUGGAACAUUUGAGGCAGAAGAUGCAAAAGUUGUAUAUGGUUUAACACAUCCAGUGAAUUCGUUUGAUCCCAUCAUGCUCCAGUUACGUCCCUUGGCUCAUAUUUGGAACACGUUUUGGGCCACACCUGGAUUCUGCAACAAGCUUUCUGUCAUAUUCAAAGGGCCAGGCUGGGGACCAGGCAAACCUAGACUUGGCCUUCCUGAGGAAAUCCCAGUGAUCACUGGAAAAGAAGUUCCCUUCAAUCCAAGUCUACCAGCUUAUCUUAAUUGCUAUGCAGUUGUACAUUUUGCUGUAAUACUGGACUUGUAUACUGAACUUCUUGGUACUGUGACUACAUUAUCACAGGGAACUCUUCUCCUGAGGAUUGGCUUUAUCAUUCUGUCCCUGACCUCUUUCGGACUACUUAUGGAGAACAGGCCCAAAGCAGGAAUUUUGGAAAUCAUCCGCUGCUUGGUCUUCGUAGGUGUGUACAAACUUGGCUACCUAAGGAGUCAGUUUUCUUCCUUGGGGUAUGCAUAUGAGGUCUUGUUUUCCCUCUGCGCUGCAUUCUGGGGAAUCCAAAUUAUGAAGCGGAUCACUUCAUCCAAAGAUAAACAUCACUGAAAGAGCAGAUCUAACAUCACUUUAAUUAUGGAAACAGCACUUUGGAAUAACCUUCUAUGUUCCUUGAAAUUAAUCAACCAUGAAUCUUACUGAAUCGCAAUCAUUUCAUUUAUGAUAGGAGAGGUUUGUGAUUUCGUAUGAAGGUUUGAAAGAUUCAUUAGGAUGUGUAUUCAUUUUUAUUUGAUUUUUUAAAAAAUAUUAAAUUGUCCCCCAAUUUAAAUAAAGUGUUCAUUCACAACAUGUAUUUUUACAAUCAAAGGAUUACAAAGUCUUAGGAACCAUGUAAAACUAAUUGCAUUUUGCAGUGAUUUGGUUAGUAAUCAUGUGAAAAGUAUUUUUCACAAGAGGAAUAAUUAAAAUCAUAUUUGUUGUAACCUGGUAUAAAGUGACUGACUGUCUUCCUAUUGAGGCUAAAUGUAAACAUAUGUGAAUGUCAGUUUUUCCGUAAUGAUUGAAUUACACUAGAAUCUCAAUGUCAUGCCCAAUUCGGUGUUCAUAACAUACAGCUACAUGAGGAUGAGUAGUCGAGGCAAGAAAAUGAUUAAAACCAGCAUGAUAAAAUAAC